AUGGCUUCGAAAACCACGCGAGCUGCUACUGCAGAAGCAAGAAGAGCGGCUGCACGCAUGCGUGCGGCCGCGGAAAGUGCCUCUCACGCCUCAGCAGCAGGAGAUUCGUCGCCUGUUGUCGUGAAUCGUCCACGUGGUGGGUCACCACGUGCGACAGGUACAUCCGUUGCGCCUGCAGCGGGUACCUCAAAUCGUAAUCCAGACGAGUCUGAGAUAGAGCGCAUCUAUUCUGGCGAGUCGGAUGAUGCAUCCGACUCGAAGGCGACUCCUCACACCUCCGGAUCACCCGGGGCGGACACUGCAAGAGCCAGGUUGACUAGAUCUGGUCGACGUGGCGGCAUCAUGCUCGAGGUCUUCAGAUCGAGUAAUUGUUCCGACGAAUCUCCGCCUCGCGCAACUCCAUCCAACGAUAGGACGCGUGAGGAUGGUGGGGAUGCACCUACACAUCACCACGAGCGAAGUAACUCGAGGGAUCGAGCUGUCACUGGUGUCAGUGCUCAUGCUGACACAAAUCAAGAUGCCAGGGACAGAAAUGUCCUGCACCAUGCUCCUCAAAUGGAGUCUCCUUGGAUGCCGUCAUCCAAGGAGUUGGACCGGUUGGCCGGCAUGACUAUUGAUCGAGAUCGAAUCCCGUUGUUCGAUUGCAGGAAGAUUUGCCCACCUGAUUUCAGCACGGAAACUAUCUGUGCUGAGGAAGGGUUCUUCACCGAUGCGUUUCAAACAUCGGUGGUACAACGGUAG